GGGGCGGGAUGCGGAGCCGGGAGUUGCGGGACGGCCCCGGAGAGUGCGGGAGGAAGUUUGCUGAGCCGCCGCUGCAGGAGCGCUGGAACAAAAACAACGCGCAGCUCCGAGAGGCAGAGUCUGAGCUGCACAGGAAGCACGUGAGGGAGGCUUGGAGUGAUCAGCUAACACAACAAAACCAGGAAGAGGUGACCAAACUUGAAGAGAAGAAACGUUAUGAAAGUGAGUACGAAACGGCACGAGGGGAAGCGCUGGAAAGAACAAGACAAGACGAAGAGAAGCCUCAGCUGGAGAAGCAGCAAGCAGAGGCCUUGCUUCAGCAGAUAGAAGAACUGAAACUGCAGGAGACAAAGGCAACAAAGCUGAAAAAAGAACAAGAGAAUUUAUUAAAGCAGCAGCGGGAACUGAAGAAUUUGGAAGAAGAAAGGAAACAAAUGGAAGAGCACCGGAGGAAGAGCGAGUUUGGUCGCUUCUUGAAGCAUCAGUGUGACAUCCAGUUAAGGAGACGAGCACAGCAAGUACAGGAGGAGCUGGAGACAGACAGGCAAAUCUUAUCAGCCCUCCUGGAGAAAGAAGAGGAGGAUCAGAGCUGGCAGAUCGCGCGGCGGGGACGGGCGGUGGCAGAUGUGGCCUGGAUGAAGAGGGUCAUCGAGGAACAGCUCCAGCUGGAAAAGGAGAGGGAAGCAGAGCUCGAGACUAUCUUCAGGGAAGAAGCAAAAAAAAUCUGGGAGAAGAGGGAAGAAGAAUGGGAAAGAGAGAAGGUGGCUAGAGAUCGCCUGAUGAGUGAGGUCCUUGCAGGCAGGCAGCGCCAGAUCCAAGAGAAGAUGGAGUUAAACAGAAGGGCCCAAGAAGAAUCCAUUAAAUAUCGAGAGCAGCUGAUCAAAGAACUCGAGGAGGCCAAGGAAGGGACUCGCAGGGAGAAGGAGCAGGAGGAGGAACAGCAGAGAGCCCGCAGGAGGGAGCUGCAGGCACAGGGGACAGAGCACAGCUUGAGAGAGCAAGAGGAACAGCAGGAGGGAUCAGCCCAGCAGCAGGAGGCCAAGCAGGGCUGGCACAGCAGGUUCUACAGUUACCCAAGAGCAGCUUGGACCUGAGGAAUGAGCAUGAGAUGCAGCUCCAGCCUACAGAAAGAAAACUCCUGGAACUCCUGAAAUAAUGGUGCCUCUGGAAUAGCCAACAGUGAGAUCAAGACUUGACUCAGUAGAUUUCUGAAAACCUUUAGUUGUGGCCAAGAUGAAUAGGAGAAAAGUUCUACUGUCUUCAGGAAUGUGGAGGUGUGAGCUCCUUCAGAGAAGUGAACUGCUUCACUUUGCAUUCUGGAGUUGUGCUCAUGUAUUUUAGUACGUGAGAGGCUGAAGCAACCCAACAAAUAAAUGGGCCCUGUGGACCUGAGCCACAAAAGAAUCUGUGUCUGCCCUGGAAGAGGAGCUGUGAAACACCACGGGCUGUGUCAGACUCCCACCUUGGAGAAUCAGGCUGUGACUUGGCUCCCACUGGACUCUGAGGAGUUAAUUCAUAAUUGCAAAUCAGUCAGAUCAUGUGUGCUGUGGCAGCAGUGCUUGUCCAGUUCCUCUCCAGAAGGUGCUGCAGACUUAAACAUUGUUUUUCACUUGUUUCAUAAAUAAUGAAUACUAAUGAAUAAUAUUCAUCAAUAAUGAAUAAUUGAAACCUGAA